CCUGCGGCUGCGGCUCGGCGCGCGCCCCCCGGCGGGCUCCUGCGGUAGCGCACCGGGCGGAGGGAGAGGCCGCCGCACCCCGCCGGCCCGCGCGCACCCCGCUGCUGCGCUCCGCCAGCCUUCCGUUCCCACCCAACCGCGGGCAAAAUCGCGGGCAGCGGUAGCCCACCCGAGGGGCGCGAGCCCGAGCCCAGACCCAGCGUCCCAACCCGCUGGGCGCGCGGGCAUCUUCGGGGCAUCGGCCGCGCAACUUCCCCGGGAGCCCACUUGUCUCACCUGCGGGCUCGCGCAGGGCGGGGUCUUGCUCCUGGACGCGCGGGCUGCAGAGGGCUGGUGGCGGCUCCGGAGUAAGAGGUGGGCCGUGGCGGAGGACCCUCGCGGGUGCGGGCCAGGGUCCCGCAGUCAGCGGCGGGGCGCCCCGGCAGGCUUUUAGGCAGGGACCCCCGGAGGCACAGUGGACAGAGCUCCAGGCGGGCAGGGUCCGGUCGGCCCGUGGGGACCCCACAUCCCGCAGUGCUCGAUUGGAGGAUGGCGGGCGCGCUAGCCGCCAACUGGAGCGCGGAGGACGCAGCCAACGCGAGCGCCGUCCUUCCAGGGUCCGAGCGCAACUCCACGGCCGGACCGCCGCAGCGCAACGAGGCCCUGGCGCGCGUGGAGGUGGCCGUGCUGUGCGUCAUCCUCUUCCUGGCGCUGAGCGGCAACGCGUGUGUGCUCCUGGCGCUGCGCACCACGCGCCACAAGCACUCGCGCCUCUUCUUCUUCAUGAAGCACCUGAGCAUCGCCGACCUGGUGGUGGCCGUGUUCCAGGUGCUACCACAGCUGCUGUGGGACAUCACCUUCCGCUUCUACGGGCCCGAUCUGCUAUGCCGUCUGGUCAAGUACCUGCAGGUGGUGGGCAUGUUCGCCUCCACCUACCUGCUGCUGCUCAUGUCCCUGGACCGCUGCCUGGCCAUCUGCCAGCCGCUGCGCUCGCUGCGCCGCCGCACUGACCGCUUGGCUGUGCUCGCCACGUGGCUGGGCUGCCUAGUGGCCAGCGUGCCGCAGGUGCACAUCUUCUCCCUGCGCGAGGUGGCCGAGGGUGUCUUUGACUGCUGGGCCGUCUUUAUCCAGCCCUGGGGGCCCAAGGCCUAUGUCACGUGGAUCACUCUGGCCGUCUACAUUGUGCCAGUCAUCGUGCUGGCUGCCUGCUACGGCCUCAUCAGCUUCAAGAUCUGGCAGAACCUGAAGCUUAAGACAGCGGCCGAGGCUGCAGCCCAGGGGCCGGAGGACUCGGCCACUGCCGGCACAGAGCGAGCGGCGCUGGCCAGAGUCAGCAACGUCAAGCUGAUCUCCAAGGCCAAGAUCCGCACGGUCAAGAUGACCUUCAUCGUCGUGCUGGCCUUCAUUGUAUGCUGGACGCCCUUCUUCUUCGUGCAGAUGUGGAGCGUGUGGGAUGCAGAUGCGCCCAAGGAAGCCUCGGCCUUCAUCAUUGCCAUGCUCCUGGCCAGCCUCAACAGCUGCUGCAACCCCUGGAUCUACAUGCUCUUCACUGGCCACCUCUUCCACGAACUUGUGCAGCGCUUCCUGUGCUGCUACCCCCGCCACCUGCGGGGCAGCUGGCCCGGAGAGACAAGCAUCAGCAGAAAGAGCAACUCGUCAACCUUCGUGCUGAGCCAGCGCAGCUCCAGCCAGAGGAGCUGCUCCCAGCCAUCUACGGCGUGACCCCUGGCUGCGCCGGUCUGCUCCUGAGCUCGGAGUGUCUGCCGUGGACACUCUGCCUUCGUGGCCCUUUACAUGUGUGUAAGGUACCAACCAGUUAUUUCCUUCUGCACCUUGGGGUGGCUUGAGUUUGAUGGGGGAUUCUGAUACGGAGUGGGGAGAUGAUGGGGUGAUGCCAUCAGGCAAACCCUGGAGUCUCCCCAGGCUCCCCAUGACCUGUUCCUCUGACCCUACUGCUUUCUGGGCAGUGGCUGGGUUUUACUUCCUGUGGGCCUGUUCUUUCAUUUAGUGUCUUUUUACUUCUGUAUUCUGGAAUCCUGCACGAAGGAGGGAGUAGAGCACUGUGACUGACUGCGUCAGGGAGCCACAGCUCUGGGCAAGGGGGAAGCAGUGGGAAUAGGGCCCCCAGAGGAAGCCAGCGCUGAUUUCUGCCUCACUUUGCCUGCAGUGUCAGGAAGUGACCCCAGAGUGGGAAAUGGUCUGGUAAGGCUAUCUGGACUGGGGUGGGGGGCACUGAGAACUUGGGCUGAAAAUAUUUGAGAUGCUGAUAAACAUUUGAGAAAGAAAAAGAAGACAUCAAAUUGGAAAAGAAGAUGUAAAACUAUUUAUAGAUGACAUUAUUUUAUAUACAUAUGACCACACACACACACACACACACACACACACACACACACACACGUGCACACAUAUCCAUAUUGGAACUAAUAAGUGAGUUCAGCAAGGUUGUGGGACACAGGAUCAAUAUGCAAAGAUCAAUAUAUUUCUUUAUACUAUUGAUGAACAAUAUGAAAAUGAAAUUAAGAAACAGUUCCAUUUAUAAUAACACCAGAAAGAAUAGCAUCAGGGUAAAUUAACAAAAGAAUGAAGAAUUUGUAUUGGGAAAGCUGAACAGUAUCAUUAAAAGAAAUUAAGACACAUUAAUGGAAAGAUGUCCUGUAUUCACAGCUAUCGGAGAUUUCCCAACAACAUUUGCUAGAUUAUGCCUUUCCUGUUAAAUCAUGUUGUCCAAAUUGUUGUAGAGAUUUGCUACAAUCUUUAUUAAAAUCCUAAUUGUCUUGAAGAAACUAGUAUGAUAAUCUUAAAAUUCAUAAAGAAAUGUAAGGAACCCAAAAUAACAAUAACAAAAAAGCUUUGGAAAAAAAAACACAGUUGAUGGAAUCACACUUCCUGGUUUCAGAAGUUACUAUAAAGUUACAAUAAUCAAAGCAGUUUGGUGCUUGCUUAUGAAUUGACACCUAGAACAAUAUAAUAGAAUGAAGGGUUCAAUUAGCAACCUUGAGAAUUUGUAGUGAAUUCAUUUUCUUUUUUUUUUUUUUUUAUUGGUACCAGGGAUCCAACUCAUGACUGUCUGCUUGCAAGGCAGGCACUUAUGCCGCUGAGCUAAAUCCCCAGCCACCCAGUCAAUUCAUUUUCAACAAGGUGCCAAGAUGAUUUAAGAGGAAAGGCAUAAUGUAGCCAAUGGUGUUGGAUAUACACAGGCAAGAGAAUGAAGUUGGGCUUUUACACCAUAUACAGAAGUUCAUCAAAGACCUACAAGUGGCAGCUAAAAGUAUGACCUUUCUUUCUUUCUUUCUUUCUUUCUUUCUUUCUUUCUUUCUUUCUUUCUUUCUUUGAGAUGGGGUCUCACUAUGCAGUUCAGGCUGGCCUUAAGCUCACUUUGUAGCCCAGGCUGGUCUCAAACUAGCAAUGACCCUCCUGCCUCAGCCUCCCGAGUGCUGGGGUUACAGGAGUGCAUCACUAUGCCUGGCUAAAGUAUAACCUUUCUACAGUGAAAUAGGGACAAAUCUGUGACUUUGGAGUAGGCAAUGAUUAUUUAGAAAUGAUAUCAAAGACACAAACAACCAAAGGAUGAAUAAAUUAUAGGUAGAAUUUCAUCAAAACUUAAAAGUUUUAUACUUCAGGAGCACUAUCCACAGAGUAAAAAGACAACCCACAGAAUGGGGGAGAUACUUGCUGAUCACAUACAACAAAGACUUGUAAAUAGACUAUAUAAAGAACUCUUAAUAUAAUAAAUAAAUAGAAAGAAAAGAAGCCAGCUGGAGAUGUAGCUCAGUAGCAAAGUACUUGCCUAGCAUAAGCAAGACUGUGUGUUUGAUCCCCAGCACCACCAAAAUAAAUUUAAAAAAUGAGGAAAAGAAGCCAAUUUAAAAAUAGGCAAAAAGUUUGGAUAAGCAUUUCUCCAAAGAAGAUACAUAAGUGGUCAAUAGGUUCAUGCAAAAAUAUUUAACAUUAUUUAUUUGUUAGAAAAAUGCAAGUCAAAAUAUACUGAGAUUCUACUUUACACCUGUUGGGAAGGCUACAGUCAAAAGAAUGGGUAAUGGUAAGUGCUGACAAGAAUUAUAGAAAUUAUGGGGCUGGGAUUUAGCUCAGCGGCAUAAGCACCUGCCUUGCAAGCAGGUGGUCGUGAGUUCGAUCCCCGGUACUGAUAAAAAAAAAAAAAAGAAUAUAUAGAAACUGGAUCCUUUAUAUGUGCUGGUAAAAAUAUAAUGGUGUAGGUCCUGUGGAAACCAGCCUGACAGUUCCUUACACAGUCAAGCAUAGAAUUGCCACAGGAAAACCCUGCACUCAUAGGUGUUUGUGAGAGGUGUUUCAUGAGAAGUGAAAACCUUGUACACCAAUGCUCAUUACAUCCCAGAGGAAAUACUCAAAUGUCUAUCAGCUGGUGAGCACAUAAAUAAAAUAUAGAAUGUCUAUAUAGUAGGACAUUAAUCAGCUACAAAAUGAAAUGUUGAUUCAUGCUAUAACACGGAUGAAGUUUAAAAACAUUAUGUCAGGUGACAAGCUGGUUGCAAAAAAGCCAUGUGUAAGAUAUAGUCAGAAAAUACAGUGAAUAUUUAAAUUCCUAAAACAUUUUUACAAUAAAAGUUCAUUACAAUUAAUGAAAACACUCACUUCAGACACACUUACCUCAUCAUUCUUGUCAUUUUCUGAAGCAGCUCUGGAAAGCUUCCUUUCCACAAAAGUGUUCUUAGCUGUGCUGUGUGGCAGCCUCGAUGUCCUGAGGUGAUUCAGAACAUUCAUCUUUUCUAGCGUUUUGACUUUGGGGAAGAGCCAGACGCUGCCUGCUGCCAGACCUAGUGAGUAAGGCGGGUGAGCACAGGAGGCCCUGUCUUUAGGAGCUUGCAUUUCUGUGGGUGCUGCUGAGAGCAGCACUCACCGUAGUUUUGAUCAUAAUUUGAAAGGACUCUGAUCUGCUUCUGAAAGUGACAUGCAUGAUUGGGUAAUUUUUUAAAGUGAGGGGUUAUUCGAAGGGAAUUAAUGACAAUGUGUCUUUUACUGUACUUUGAAAAACUUAAACAUCGUGUCGUGAUAAUCUCUUGCAUUGUCUGACUCAUUUCUAUGGAAUGUCCAGAACAGACAAAUACAUACACGUGGAAUACAGUUUAGAGGUACUUGGGGCUGGAGAUUUGGGGAAACGAGGGGUGAUUGUUUAAGGAUAUGAGAUUUUUUGAGGGGAGAGAUGAUGAAAAUGUUCUGGAAUUAGUGGUAGUAAGCCCAAUUUUGAGAACUUAUGUAAAACCAUUGAACUGUACACUAAAAAAUUAAAAAUAGGUUUAACAGCUGAAUUCAGAGAAGGUAAGAAUGGCAGAGAAUUUCUUGGAAUCUCUCUUCUUUCUGAGUGCUUCUGUUUUAUGUGACCCACUACUUCUGAACUUAUGUGAGAGAGAGCAUCUCCACUUUGGCCAGGGGUCCAUCAGGAAAACACCGUUGUCUUCAGAAAGCUUAUUAAGGGAUGCUCAGUCACCUGGGAUGGCCGUGGUCUCAUUAUGGCAGCAGUUCACGAAGAGUCUCUAAGGUUCUGCUUAUCAGAUAGGCAUGUUCUCAGACAUCAGCUCAGCCUUUGGGGUAGGACUGACUGUGUCUAGAAGACGCUUUUAGGUAUCAAAUUCAGGGCACAACUGAUCAGAGGGCAUUGUAUUGAUUGGCCAGCUAAUACAGCAGGGGCACCUUUUAAUAUUCAGAUACAUUUUGGGACUUUCUGAGAUACAAGAGGUUUUCUGGGAAGCCACAGAUCCAUUCUAUCUCUUCAUAACAGCUUUUCCUUCCACACUGCAACACACACACACGCAGGCACAAUCAUCAAAAGUGAGUAUGUAGCUCGGCACAGUGGUACAUGUCUGUAAUUCCAACUACCAGGGAGGCUGAGGUAGGAAGAUUGCAAGUUCAAGGCCAACCUGGGCAACUUAGUGAGAUUCUGUCUCAUAAUUAAAACAGCUUAGGGUGCAGCCAGUGGCAGGGCACUUGCCUCGGGUGUGCAUGGCCCUGGGUGCAUAUCUCAGCAGCACUAGGGAAAGCAGUAAGUAGGUAAAGUCCAAGACUUUCCCCGUAGGCCCUGAAAAAAAAUAUGUCACAUAAUGUGAUCUCCUUGGUGGAUGAGUCUACAUGGUGUGGAUGAGUGUUCAGGAAACACAGGAGACCCUAAAUGCUAGCUGGAUUUGAUAAAGAUCCCAUUUCUAGAGUGUUUCAACUUUUUAUGUGUUCAAUUGCAACAAAAUGCCACUUAACACACAGUAAGAUUCCCUGGUUUCUUUCUACUGUGGUGACUUUCCAUGGUGCUGCGUGUACUGUGCCAUUCGGUGAAUGCUGUGACCAAUCUUGAGAUGUCUGCUUUGUAAAAAGUGAACUUAAUAAACAUGUUUUUUGUA